AUGGCGGAGUCCAACCCGCUGGUACCCGAGUUAAGCGAAUCAGAGACUGUGGGCCCUGAGACGGCGCGGUUCGAGGAGCUACUGCUACAGGCCUCCAAAGAGCUCCAGCGGGCCCAGACGCCCGGAGCAGAGUCAAGACAGAUCCAGCCUCAGCCUGGUUUCUGCAUAAAGACCAGCUCCUCCGAUGGGAAGGUUUUCAUCAACAUCUGCCACUCGCCCUCCAUCCCGCCCCCGGCUGACGUGACUGAGGACCAGCUGCUGCAGAUGCUAGAGGACGACCAAGCUGGCUUCCGCAUCCCCAUGAGUCUGGGAGAGCCUCACGCGGAACUGGAUGCAAAAGGCCAAGGCUGUACGGCCUACGACGUAGCUGUCAACAGCGACUUCUACUGGCGGAUGCAGAACAGCGAUUUCUUACGGGAGCUUGUGAUCACCAUCGCCAGGGAGGGCCUUGAGGACAAAUACAGCCUGCAGCUGAAUCCGGAAUGGCGCAUGUUGAAGAAUCGGUCUUUCCUGGGCUCUAUUUCCCAGCAGAACAUCCGCUCCCAGCAACGUCCUCGAAUCCAGGACCUGGGGAAGCUGCCCUCGGCGGGCUACCGAGGAGCUGAGACAGGCCCUGAGAAGCCGCGCCUGAACCUUUGGCUGGAAGCCCCUGACCUCCUCUUGGCGGAAAUUGACCUCCCCAAGCUGGAUGGAGCCGUGGGGCUGUCGCUGGAGCUCGGGGAGAACCGCCUGGUGAUGGGGGGCCCCCAGCAGCUGUACUACCUGGAUGUCUGCAUCCCCCUGCAGAUCAGCACUGAUGAGAGCAGGGCCGCCUUCCACCGGAAGAGGAAGCAAUUGUUGGUGGCGAUGCCCCUCUCGGCGGUGCCUUCGUGA